AUGCUGGUUCCUGUUCUCCACGCUUUUAUCCGCUCUUCUCAUCGUCUGCGUCUUGCAACCCUCCCAUUCCUACCAACUGUUUCAUUUGGCACGUCAACUCAAAGAAAUAUGCACAACGUUGUUUUCGUUCUCGGUCCUCCAGGAUCUGGAAAAGGAACUAUCUGCGCAAAAAUUCAAGAGAACUUGAACUACGUUCAUUUGUCGGCUGGAGACCUUCUUCGUGCUGAACGUCAAAGAGAAGGAAGUGAAUAUGGAGCUCUCAUCGAAAGUCACAUCAAAAAUGGAUCGAUUGUUCCCGUCGAGAUCACUUGCUCUCUUCUUGAAAACGCUAUGAACGCCAGUGGAGAUGCGAAAGGAUUCCUUGUCGAUGGAUUCCCGCGAAAUGAAGACAAUUUACAAGGAUGGAACAAACAAAUGGAAGGAAAAGCUGUUGUUCAAUUCGUGCUGUUCCUUUCCUGUCCAGUUUCAAUCUGUAUCGAUAGAUGUCUGAAUCGUGGACAAGGAAGAACCGACGAUAAUGAGGAGUCGUUGAAAAAGCGCGUCGAAACUUACAAUCAUCAAACUUACCCAAUUAUUGAGCACUUCGAGAAGAGUGGACUCAUCUACGCCGAAGUCGUCAAUGUGUUCAACGCAGCCAAUAAAGAAUAA